GGAAGCGUCUUUUACUGCUGCGUGUUUAAGCUGCGCCGUAUCAGCCUCAUUAGCAGCGAGAGCAGUGCAACGGGGCUGUCAGUACAUUUCGUUAUCAAAGAAACGCCAUGAAUCAAGAGAAGCUCGCCAAACUUCAGGCUCAGGUCCGGAUAGGUGGAAAGGGAACAGCCCGCAGGAAGAAAAAGGUUGUUCACAAAACAGCGACAGCUGACGACAAAAAACUGCAGGGCUCCCUGAAGAAGCUGGCAGUGAACAACAUCGCAGGGAUAGAGGAGGUGAACAUGAUAAAAGAUGACGGGACGGUGAUCCACUUCAACAACCCCAAAGUGCAGGCGUCUCUGUCUGCCAACACCUUCGCCAUCACGGGCCACGCCGAGACCAAGCAGUUGACCGAGAUGCUGCCGGGCAUCCUGAGCCAGCUGGGAGCCGACAGCCUCAGCAGCCUGCGCAAGCUUGCCGAGCAGUUCCCGCGGCAAUCGAUGGAAAUGAAAGCAGUCAAGGAGGAAAACGCCGAAGAGGAGGAUGAUGAUGUUCCAGAUCUCGUGGAGAACUUCGACGAAGCGUCCAAGAACGAAGCAAACUGAUGAAUCCUCCUUUUUUUCUUUUCCUCCGUCAGCCGUUUUUAUUUUUUACCUCUCGCCGACUCACAAAAGGGCAUUUCCUGUUGUGGGGGGAAACGGUUGUUUAAGGUGCAACUUAUCAUCUGCGGAGAGGUGAACCACUUUUGGUUCAGCCUGCCACAACAGCACGACAACAACAACAACAACAACAUGCAGAUAUAGUAGAUUUUGAUUUCAGUAGGCGUUGAUAUUGUGGACACCGAAAAACAAACAAACAAGGAUCUUUACGAAUCUCUGCACCCAAAGGACUCAAAAUACUUUAGGAAAACUCUAAGCUUUCUACAUGGUUAAACAUGGCUAGUAUUUAAGAGAUUGUUUAUGAAAUUACAAUUAAAGUGAAUGCGUAAUUCAUUUUACAUAUAGUGGUGGUAAUGAAUUUAAUAAAACAAGUUUUGGGCUA